AUGAGACAGCCCGAUGCCUCGCCCUCCAGGCCCCAGUGGAAGUUUUCGUUGUCCCAUACCUUGGCAUCUGGUGACCUUGCCGACGUGGAGUUCUGGGUUGAGUCCACCCACUUCCCAGGCCAGUCGGCUUCUUUUAAGGCUCACAAAGUGAUCGUGGCUUUACAAAAUGACGUGUUUAAGGCCAUGUUCUACGGCGACUUCGCCAAGGAGGACCGCGUAGUAAUCACCGACUUGCAUCCAGAGGGCGUCCGUGGCCUCUUGCGGUACUUCUACAGUGGAUGUCUUGAAGUAGGUACAGUGCAUCAGGCCGCCUGUACCCGUACUGCUGCUGCCAAGUACCUCGUGCCACAGCUGGAGCAGCGAUGCCUCAAAUUUAUCAAUAGCAGCAUGGCCCCCAAUGACGUGUGCCCCUUCCUAGACUACAUUAUGACCGUCGGCGAAGACGCCUUAACUCCUGCAACCAUAGCGAUCGUAAAGGACAGCCCCAAGGUUCUCUCGUCUAGGGCGUUUAAGUCUUGCACCGAAGCUACAAUCAAAUAUGUUCUCAAACACGUUACUAAUGUAGCCGAAACUUUGGUGCUGAGAGCUGUGUACGCUUGGGGGUGGCAGUGCUUGACGCGUGGGAAGGAAUCUUGCACAACCGAGCGCCCUAAACUUGGCGACCACGAAAAGGAAGAGUUUAGAGCUGCCCUUGAACCACUGUUUCCCGAGCUGCGGUUCCUUGCACUGACACCGCAAGAGUUCGUUGAAGGCCCCAACGCUUGGGGGGUCUUGACCGAUGCGGAAGCACGGGCCAUUGUGAGCAAUAUUCUGAAAGCAGGUUCCAUGCCCAUGCCAGCUGGAUUCUGCAAGAUUCGAGAGGCCCGAGCGUAG